AUGAGAGCCAAAUACGAAGUCCCGUUCCUUUGGUCUCAAGCGCCUCAACGCCAAUCUCACUCCCCGCCUUGGGCUCAGCUGAGGAAGCUCCGUCACCUCCUCCAGGUCAACUGUCAUCUCUUGCUUGGUAAUGGUGAGAGCAACUUCUGGGAUGCAGACUGGACGGGGCUAGGCCCCCUCAGAGGCCUCCUUCAGAACAACCACCCCCCUUAUCCCCUCAAUCUGAAGAUCAAUCAGGUCAUGGGUCCUGACGGACUCCUCCAGAAUAAAUCUUUCCCGGCCUCCCUGCCAGCCUCUGUUCGUCUUCACAUCACUUCGGAAGGCAUGUCCCUUCGUCAGGGUGAGGACCGGAUUAUAUGGACUAGGGCUAGAUGGGCGUGGUACCCUCUCCUACCCCCCAAAAUUGCCAUCUUUUCUUGGAAAAUUCUUCACAAAGCAGUCCUGGUCGACAUCGGCGUCAAGAAUAAAGGUAUUCAAAUGGCUUUUGCCUGCGUUUGUUGCCAGUCCGAGGGUCGAAGCGAGGAAUCCCUCGACCAUCUUUUCGUCGGUAGCGAGCUGGCUUCUGCUAUGUGGUCCUUUUUCUCCUCCUCGCUUGAUGUUGAUUGUCUCCCCAACCAAUCGGCUGAUAUCUGGCUAGCGAGGAACGAGCAUCGGUUUGAAAACCGCCCUUUCAGCAUUCAGCAUUCCAUCAACAAGCUAAUUAACCCCCUCCCCACCUUUUCGGUGGUGAAAUGGAUCCGUCCUCCCAGGGGCUGGGUUAAGCUGAAUGUUGAUGGAUCGUCCAGAGGUAACACGGGGCUGUCGGGCAGUGGAGGAGUUUGUAGAAAUAAGAAGAGCGAGUUCCUGUUUGCUUUCGCUAUUGGUUACGGGGUGGGAUCGAACUUCAUGGCUAAGGUCAGGGCAGUGGUUGACAGCUUAAAGUUGUGCAAGGAUCUCGGCUAUUCAAACGUUGAGGUGGAGAGUGACUCCAUAACUGUCGUCAAUUUAUUCUCCAAUACAGGGAAAGCCCACUGGUUCGUCUGCUAUUGUAGGCACCAACUUGACAUCCUUCGGUCUGCUAUUGCCACCUCGAUUAAGCACAUCCCUUGGCAAGCAAAUGCUGUGGCAGACAGCCUGGCCCGGUGGGGUUCCUCUAACCAGCAGUAUUGGCUAUUCCAUUCAGCCUCAGAUCUCCCUUGUUCCACUCGUGGGGAACUAGUCCUGGAUAGAGUAGGGUUGGGGACAAUUCGUUUCUAG